CUUUUUUAAUGAAGAGAACAUGGGAGGAGUAAAAGAACAAGAUAAACCUAAUCAGCUCACCUCCUGUGAUGAUGAUGGAGGGGGUUGAAUUCUGCUUUCCACAUCUGCUCAACUCCUCUUGCAGAAAGGCUCUGCAUCCUGUCUCAGUUUCCACGCUCAUUUACAUGAUAAUAUCUUCUAUCUCUGUGCUCACUGCAACUCUUAACCUGCUGGUCAUCAUCUCCAUCUCCCACUUCAAGCAGCUCCAUAAUCCCACCAACUUCCUCCUCCUCUCUCUGGCUGUCUCCGAUUUCUUUGUGGGUCUCUAUUUGCUCUUUUACAUAAUGUUUAUAGACGGCUGCUGGUAUUUUGGUGAAUUCAUGUGUAUUCUGUAUUAUGUUAUUGGCACAAUUAACACCUCUUCCUCAAUAGGAACCAUGGUACUGAUAUCAGUUGACCGUUAUGUGGCCAUUUGUGAUCCUCUGCAUUAUCCCAUCAAAGUCACUGCAAAAAGAGUUCAGAUCUGUGUUUCACUGUGUUGGAGCUUUUCUGCCCUUGCUGGUAGUUUCCUCUUAAAGGACAACUUGAAACAGCAAAGCAGGUUUAAUUCUUGUGUGGGAGAGUGUGUUGUCCAUAUUAACUUUAUUGAAUAUGUUGCAGAUCUUGCUUUGAACUUCCUACUUCCUAUUACUGUCAUCAUAGUUCUGUAUUUGAGAAUAUUUGUAGUGGUUGUGUCUCAGGUUCGGGCCAUGCGGACUCAUACUGCAGGUGUCACAUACCAGUGUUCAAGGAAGGGAAAUCCAAAGAAAUCAGAGAUGAAAGCAGCCAGGACUCUUGGUAUUGUUGUAAUUGCAUUCUUGUCAUGCGCCUUACCAUUUUAUUGUGUCACACUCACAGGCCAGAAUGCCUUCCUCAACGGAUCAUCUUCUGCAUUUGUUUUGUGUCUUUUCUAUUUUAAUUCGUGCCUCAACCCUAUCAUCUAUGCCUUAUUCUACCCCUGGUUUAGAAAAUCUAUUAAGCUUAUUGUUACAUUUCAAAUACUGAAGUCUGGCUCCAGGAAUGCCAACAUAGUCAAAGUGACAUAA